UUUAUGCUACUUUUAAUUUCAGGAAUUUUGUUGUUACAUUAGUUGCAGACAUAUUUCUUUUUCUCUUUUUUUUCCACUUAUUUGAGAAGGCAAUAAGGUUUUAAUUGUGUACCUGAUUGCAUAGUUUUGUGCCCUUAAGGAUUCACACACCCUUUUUUGCUUCUAUCUUGGUGUCAAAGUGUAUCUUUUUUUCUUAAACACAUCAUGCUUAGGCUCCUUUUUUUCCCUAUUUGUUUCCCUUGAUUUCAUGUUAAAAACAGUUGAUACAUCAUCACUAACAGUGCAUGAUAGCAACUUAUUCUAGAUUUUCUUUUACUAUAGUGCUUGUGUAUAUCUAUAACAGGUUUGUUUCAAUUUAUUCUUGAUGUCACGUUAAAACAGUUGAUACAUUAUCACUAACAGUGUAUGAUAGCAACUUAUUCUAGAUUUGCUUUUACUAUAGUGCUUGUGUAUAUCUAUAACAGGUUUGUUUCAAUUUAUUCUUGAUGUCAUGUUAAAAUAGUUGAUGCAUCACUACCUGUUACUGUUCUAGGCACAGGUUUGUUUCAACUUAUUCUUGCUCAAAUGUAAAUUCAGAACAUAGGUUGUCUUGGAUGCUGCAAAAAAACUCCAGUAAUUAUUUCAAUGGAUGAAGCAUCUAAAGGACUAAGAACUCAAGGUCAAACAGUGAGUAAAGUGGAUGGAUCAGAAGAUUUCUGGAGCAGCAGCACCUUUGAGUUAGACCAUAGUGCUGCUCAUUCACAGAGAAGCAUCUCGUCAAUCGGAAUGCCAAAUAAUCCUUCUGAUUCUCAGUGUAGUGGAGGCAGUCAAAGUGGUGCUCCUGAAUUUGUCAACCAUGGGCUUCUUCUUUGGAACCAGAUAAGGCAACAAUGGGUUGGAAACAAAAGGUCUGAGAGUAUCGCAGAAAUUCAAGAACCAAGAAUAAGGUCUUUGUCAACCUCUAAUUGUGAGCUUAUUUUCCACAGUUCCAAUGCCAACUACGACAACCUACUUGGGAACAACAAACCCUAUCCCCAACGCAUUCCUCUGAGAGAAAUGAUUGACUUUCUUGUUGAUAUUUGGGAGCAAGAGGGUCUGUAUGACUGAUCAAGCAAAAUAGUCAAUUUAUUUUUCCAAAGAUUUUGGAGGAGAGGUGAUGUCGAAUUUGUUUGUUGUCCUACUGGAUAGCUGUGAAUGGAGUAACUUACAAAUCUUCUCUUUCAGUGGUUUCUUUCCUAUUUUUAAAUACGUUAGAUUAAAUUGUAUAAUUCUUCCUGGGUUUUUGGCUGAAGUGAUUUACAGACAAAUUAUCUGAGGCAAAAGGGAAAAUUUCAAGCUUAAGCUAGCUUCUAAUAGUCUAAAUGCUAGUAUUUAAGAGCUAAUGUUUCUUGUUCUUGUUGAGAAAA